AAAAAAUGACGCAAUUGAUUUUGUAACUCCGGCAUCCAAUGAGGAUUUUACUAUUUUGAUAAAACGAUAGUAAAUAUUGGAGGAAUCAAGGUCUUUGGAUAUUUUUGCAAUUUUUGUUGAAGCACCGGUAGAAAAAAAAAGGAAUUUUAUAUUUUAUGAUAGAACUUGAAGAUAAAAACGCGAGUCGCUGUUACUGCGAGAAUAAAAAUGCCUCAGAGUGUAUUAAUCUGAACAGAACUUCUUUCAAUUUCAACUGAACUACAACUGAACUACAACCGUUUCUAAAAUGGAGAACAUCGCGUAUUUUUUUAUUCUCGGUAUUUUCUGUAUCAUCAAUACGCCGGUUUCUGGCCAAAUACUUGGAGAUGAUAGAUCAAUUUGCUUGGAGAAAGGUGUGGAUCCUUCAGAAACAUACGAGUGCAUUUUGAGAAGUCCUGAAAUUCUGACUGAAGAUGGGACCGUUGAUUUGCUUUUAUUGAGGCGAAUAUACGAAGAAGGAGAAACAAAUGAGAACAUAUCUAGGUUCAUCGACCACAUUCAGGUUCGCGUGGAAAAUAAAAAAUUCAGUUCUGUGCGGGAGCUAGUUCAAGCACUAGUCGUGGCCUGGACGGAGUACCCGAGAUUACCAUUGCUUUCAUUGUAAUAAGAUGGCCCAUGGUUUCCCUUGGUCACCAAAAGAAUUUCUACAUGGCACCCCAAAAUUAUAAAGAAUACUCCAAUAGGGUAUAUGUCGCAAAUAUAAAACUCAGAAAAUAAUAAUAAAUUUUUGUUGGAUAUCCCCAAAUAAUUGUCUUUUUACGAAACAAAAUAUUGAAAAUUCCUAAACCACUGCGGAAGUUUGAAUGUACGCGGGAAAAAUAAUGUCUUGAGACACAAAAGUAAUAAAUUUAUUAUCA